GCAUCUCCGUCGCUCCUGUCAGUCUCUCCCGAGUUCGAAUAGGCCGCCGACGGCGCCCCAGCGGCGACGCACUCUCUCUUCCCCUCAGCGCCAAUCUCCGCCGCUCCCUCCCUGUACCAGGGCGACCUCGGCGGGCACCACGGGCUGCGGCGGCGCAUCCCGAGUCUCGAGGUCCUUCUCCUACCAACCGUUUGGUGCGGCGGCGACGGGGGAGGCACCGGGCCGGCCUUGCUGACCACCGAUGGCGACCGCGACGGGGAGGUACAGCAACCUCGACAGAUCUUUCAAGAUCGCCGCUCGCUCCCUCCUCACCGCCUUCUCCCGCGAGGGUGUCAACAAGGCUUUCCCAUCGUUCACGGAUGCCGAAAGGGAGCGCCUGUACCAAAUGUUCAUCUAUGUGAUCAAGUCUUUGCAUGGCAACAUAGAGGAGGGAUUCCAGCAAUUCUGCGACGAAAUAGAAGUUGCUACUGUCCUUGACAAGGUAGAUCAGUUUGUUGAAGAACAAAAUCUGGAUGUGUUAUCUGCAGACAACUCACUCAUUAACAGGACUAGCGUUGAAGACAUUAAAGAAAGGAUAUCAAAGGAGAAGAAAGAAGAAAUCGAAUAUCUGAAAGGUUUACUAGAGAAGACUGAAGAAAGGAACAGUGCCAUGAAGGCCCGAAUCGAACACUUGAAGGAAGGGGUGGCAGAUUUCAAUGACACAAGAGAUGCUCUCAAGAAGCUGGAGCGAUGGAAGUUCUGCCUGUCGGAGCUACAAUGACAAUUAAGCUUCUCUGGUACUCAAUGGAGUCAAAAGACACCUCUCUGUAGCUUUGUGUGGUCGUAGAGUGGAAGCUGAUUCAGCAAUCAUGCUCCCCCAGGAACCAAUGCUGUUGUGUAACAUAGAAUUAUAGUGUGAUUUGUAAUGAAAAAAAUGUUGCAUUGUACCCUCUGAGUUGCAAAACGUAGCCGUUGUAUUGGUUGCUAGUAAUAUAUGCUACUGUUUGUUGGGUUGUGUA